AUGAGCGCAGACACGGUGGAGCAGUCGGAGGCUCCAGCCGACCAGGCAGAGCAAAACGGAAUCAACUACAAUCGACAAAUAAAGACAGAGGAGAUCAACGACUCGCCUCAUUCAGCCGCCACACUGAAGACAUGUCACCUGACACAGAGCUCUCCAGUGCCUGGAGGUCAGCUGUCUGGGGAGCUCACCUCUCUUCACACCAUGCAGCAGCUGGUUCUGAUGCCACCGUCUCACCUCUCCUCACCCUCACCCUUCCUGCUCUCCCAGAGCAACUCCAGCCACCAAGCCCUUCUGUCUAUUCCCUGCCAGAGUCAAACUAGUCUCCUUCAGCAUCAACCUGGACUGGCUCUGACCCCCCAGGCUAUGAGUCGAUCCGGUCUGGCAGGACCGUCCAUGGAGAACCACAUGGACAUGUCUCACCUUCAGAUGCCCAAACACAUGUCGGUGCCACCACAGGAGGAACCCAGCGAUCUGGAAGAGCUGGAGCAGUUUGCAAAAGCCUUCAAACAACGACGCAUCAAACUGGGCUUCACUCAGGGAGAUGUCGGCCUUGCGAUGGGAAAACUGUACGGGAACGAUUUCAGCCAGACCACAAUCUCUCGCUUUGAGGCUCUAAACCUCAGCUUCAAAAACAUGUGCAAGCUCAAACCUCUGCUGGAGAAAUGGCUGAGUGACGCAGAGAACUCACCUCCAGACGCGAUGAACAACCCCACCUCUCUGCCGCCGCUGAUAGAGGGUUACGGACGCAAACGGAAAAAGAGGACUAGCAUUGAAACGAACAUCAAACUGACUUUGGAGAAGCGUUUCCAUGAUAACCCCAAGCCCAACUCUGAGGAGAUAACCCUGAUCUCGGAGCAGCUAGCCAUGGAGAAGGAGGUGGUCCGAGUUUGGUUCUGUAAUCGGCGUCAGAAGGAGAAGAGGAUCUAUUGCCCGGUGACUAGUUUAUCGGUGAAGUCACAUAGCUACAACUCCAGAAUGGCCUCAGCGUCCAGAUCCUACAGCCCUCCAGCUACAGGUGGAGUUUCAUCGAAUUCCUCGCCAAACAGUGCAAGUCGUGAAGCUUCUCCCAACGGUCUGACAGCUCCCUCUGCGUCUUUAACAUCUCAGGUUAACCCACCUUCAUACAGCACACCGGGGUCCUGGUACCGCACAUGGGCUCCUGCAUAUCAUCACUGA